AAAACUAUAAUAUUAUCACGGCGUGUUCACCAAUUUCGUAUCGAAUUGUUUCGAUUGAAGUGUAGUUUCGUCGGCAGGCCAUUUCUAAAUUUUCUCUAGUUUGCUAUAUUAAAUCAGAUCUCGGGUUUCAUUGAGGAUCUUAACUGAAACCUUGAUACUCUGAUAAGGGAAUUAGCUGCAAGAUUGCUGCCUAUGAAAUCACCAGCCUAUUAACAAUAUAAUAGUCCGAAUUCAUUUCUUAGGCUUGCACGACGCCUGCUCCUCUGCAUUAAUCUAGGUCGCCACACCGGUUCGGAGUUCCGUUAGUCGCUAAGAUGAGUUCUUCCAAAGAAGCAUUAUCCCAUAACGAGAUCUGGGACGAUUCAGCCCUCGUGAAUUCGUGGAAUGAUGCUCUAGAAGAAUAUAAGAAAUAUCACAGCAUUCACAAAAACGGGGGCAAUGUGGAAGAUCUUUCAAACCAAGCUUUGGAUGCCAAGACUGAGACUGAGGAAGUCCACAAGCCGUCAAGUCCACGUUCCCUCAAAACAGAUUCCGAAAUGAGAGGGGAAGCUUCCAAUGGAAGACAAGAGGACGGAACGUCGACCUUCCAGCAUAGCCAUCCGCAUGGUGGAGCACCCGGUCCUCAAGGGCUGCUAGGUUCAGUGCGUGAUGAAGGGUUGAAGAGACUAUUGAUGUCCUGGUAUUAUGCAGGUUAUUAUACGGGACUCUAUGAAGGCCAGCGAGAUCAAUCCCAACAACGAGAGUCUGAACAGAGUUGAAUGGAAAUCUGUAGAGAUUUACCAUUCCCAUCUCAAAUCUACUCAGAUUCGUUGUGGGAUUCGUCAUGGGAUUUACCUGACAAGCAAGGAUCUGUAACGCGUUGUGUUACAAGAGGUUGUGACGGUGAUAACGUCAUGCAGCUCAGAUUCUGCUAGCAUGCGACAAGAUAUGCAUCAGUUUCCAGCCAUUAGGAAGAGUCCUGCAGAAUACAUCAAACUGCAAAAUGGUAAUUGGAGGACCAAGACGAGGAAACAAACCUAGAGUACUAUAUUCUUCGUGAAGAUCAUGAACUGAUUCCCCCACGUUUAGCUGUGAUUAUCAGCUUGGCUUGUUUCUAGCUGACUGUAAAGAAA